UAUUAUUCAACUAUCUUUUGAAGUGUGCAGUCGAUUCAUUAGUCUAGUUUUACGCAUAUGUACACUCUUACUCUGUGAAUUUGUUGGAUUGUUUGGGUUCAUUAACUGAUAAACAUUCAGCAUUAUACUCAUCAUACCCUGCAUUGAUACAGUCUCUGAGAUAUUGAAGUCGUUUUACAUUGAGUAAAUAAUCCAGUGGAUCCAGUUUGUGUUAAUUCAAUCAGAUUGUUAAAAGUAAACACAGAUAAAUCGCUUCAACUAUGACUUAUUCUGUGCAAUCAGUUGCCAAUGGAACAAAUUUUGAAUUUCCCUUCCAUCAUCAGUUCAAAUACAUUUUGAACAAGAUACCGAACCAUCCGUUGCAACACGAUGUUCAAUCAAAGUUCAACAGUAUUACAAUGCCACGGGCAUACGAGCAAUACAUGGAACGGAUAUGGAACUGUGACGUUUAUGAAGACGAUACAUGGGUGAUUACAUAUCCCAAAUGUGGUACGACGUGGACGCAGGAAGCCGUUUGGCAAAUAUGUAACGAUGUUGAUCUCGACGACAAAGGGAAAACAUCAAUUCGGCAGAGAUUUCCAUUUAUUGAAAUCCAGGCAGUGACUGCUUUUGCCGAUAGAGAAAAUCCAUUCGAUUUCAUUAAUGAACUUCAGCGUCCUCGAUUUAUCAAAUCCCAUUUGCCCAUUUGCUUCCUACCCAAACAACUGUGGCAGGUAAAACCGAAAAUUGUCUACGUUGCCAGGGAACCCAAAGAUGCGGCAAUUUCCUUUUAUCAUCACUACUACAACAUGUACAAGUAUUGUGGUACCAAGAACGAGUUCCUCGAUUCGUUCUUACACGGAAUCGUCGAACAUGGAUGUUAUUGGGAUCACGUUGAGCAAUUUCACUUGCUACGACCGCACUACCCUAACCUACUGUUCAUCACAUUCGAGAACAUGAAACACAAUCUGGAGCAUACACUGAACGAAUUGUGCAACUUCUUGGACAAGACACUUACCGCGGAGCAAUUACAACGGCUUGCAAAUCAUCUCCAAUUCGACAAUAUGAAAAAGAAUCCGGCAGUCAAUCCACCGUAUAUAGAGGAAGCUGCACAGAAGAAUCGACCAGGUAGUGGCUUCGCUUUCGUGAGACGAGGAAUUACAGGCUCGUACAAAGAUGAAAUGACACCCGAAUAUGUUAGAAAAUUUAAUGAAAUGACGAAGAAGCGUUUUGAGACGCUGGGGCUUUACCAAAGUGAUUAGUAUGCAGGUACUGAAUACCAGGGACUGUGGUAAAAUUUAGGAAUUUUUUUUUUUUUUUUUCAAAAAUGUCGAUCGAUCUUUUGUCUUCAACAAGGAACAAGUCUUCAGUGUUGCAUAAGUUUUACUUUUAAUAUCAAGAAUCUAUACGUAUCGCUCAGCAUUGUUGGCGAAAAAUAAAGACAUGACUGUCUGUAAGAGUUU